UAUCAAUUGUCAAUAUUUGUACACUCGUAUUCAGUUUAUCAAACAAAAGGGAAAUUAACGAUAGAUUUUUUAUUCAAAUUAUGGAACUAGCUGGUUUUUUAUUUCAAAUAUUUCUUUACUGUCAUUUUGGAAAUGAAGUUAUGUUAAAAAGUUUGAAAUUAUCAAAUGUUAUAAGUAUGAUGGAUUGGACAGAUUUAACAAAAAACACAAAACAAGGACUUCUUUUAAUUGGUGUACGCGCUAGUAAUCCAAUAAUUAUAACAAGUGGUUCAAUUAUACCAAUGAAUUAUGAAACAUUUUUCAAAAUUUUAAGAGCAUCUUACGCAGCUUAUAAUUUACUUCAAAAGGCAAACGACGAGUAA